AUGACAAACCUUAAAAGACGUCACCGAAUUCACACAGAUGGGAAACUUUAUGAAUGCAGUGACUGUCCAAAGUCCUUCAAAUAUAAAUCAAAGCUCAUAAUCCACCAGAGAACUCACACAGGAGAGAAACCGUAUGGGUGCAGUGAAUGUGGCAAAGCUUUCAGUACAAAGUGUCAUCUCACUUUGCACCAGAGAACUCACACAGGAGAGAAACCAUACGGAUGCAUUGAGUGUCAGAAAUCGUUCAGAACAAAAUACCACCUCAUUCUUCACCAAAGGACUCAUACAGGGGAGAGACCCUAUGAAUGCAAAGAAUGUGGUAAAGCUUAUAGGGAGAAGACAAAGCUCAGAUUACAUCACAGAACUCACACAGGAGAGAAACCUUUUAAGUGUGGUGACUGCGGAAAAGCUUUCAUCCAGAAGUCAAACCUGAUUAUUCAUCAGCGAAUUCACACAGGAGAUAAACCCUAUGGGUGCAGAGAUUGUGACAAGGCCUUCUGUAGUAAGUCUCAGCUCAUUGUCCACCAGCGAGUUCAUACUCGAGAAAAAUCCUAUGGAUGUAGCGAAUGUGGGAAAGCCUUCAAUAAAAACUCGCACCUCGUGACACAUCAGAGAAUUCAUACAGGAGAGAAACCUUAUGAAUGCAGUGAAUGUGGGAAAGCCUUCAUACACAUGUCACAGCUCGUCGUACAUCAGCGAACUCAUACAGGAGAAAAACCUUACGGAUGCAAGGAGUGUGGGAAAAGCUUUAAUAAAAAAUCCCACUUCAUUACACAUCAGAGAAUUCACACAGGAGAGAAACCUUACGAGUGCACUGAAUGUGGGAAAGCCUUCAUAGACAACUCACAGCUUAUUGUCCAUCGUAGGACUCACACAGGUGAGAAACCUUAUGGGUGCAAGGAGUGUGGGAAAGCCUUUAAUAAAAAGUCAUCUCUCAUAACUCACGAGAGAAUUCAUACAGGAGAGAAGCCUUAUGAAUGCAAGGAGUGUGGGAAAGCGUUCAUAGACAAGUCACACCUCAUUGUCCAUCACAGAACGCACACAGGGGAGAAACCUUACGAGUGUGCCGAGUGUGGAAAGGCUUUCAUACGAAAGGCAAUGCUCAUUGGACACCAGCUGAUUCACACAGGCGAGAAACCCCAUGGAUGCAAUGAAUGUGGUAAAGCCUUCCGGCAAAAAAGCCAUCUCAUUAUUCACCAACGAUGCCAUACGGGAGAGAAACCCUAUGGCUGCAUUCCAUGUGGGCAGAUCUUCAACCAGAAGUCACAGCUCAUUCGACAUCAGAGGAGGCACACAGGGGAGAAACCAUAUCAGUGUAGUGAAUGUGGGAAAGCAUUUUUUGAAAAAUCAUACCUCAGUGUCCACCAGAGAAGUCAUGCAGGAGAAAAGCCCUACCAAUUGGAGACUGAGAAGAAGAAAUCUGCGUUUGUGCCUCAUUAUGACUCACCCAGCAGCCCCUUCCAAUGA